AUGGGACUAACCGGAGCAAAACCAUCUUGGACACCAUUAGACUGCAAUUUGAAACUAACCACUACAGAGGUUGAUCAAGCAAUUGGACUUAAAGAUGGUAUAGAAUUAUUAGAUAAGAGUUCUUAUCAAAGAUUGAUCGGAAGAUUGUUGUAUUUGACUUUGACUAGACCAGACAUUGGCUUUGCAGUUCAAACAUUAAGUCAAUUCCUGCAACAUCCCAAAAGAACUCAUAUGGAAGCAACACUCAAAGUUGUAAGAUACAUAAAAAGGAAACCUGCUAUGGAAAUUCUGAUGAGUAGCAGAAAAGAGAACAAGCUAGUGGCAUUCUAUGAUGCAGAUUGGGUAGCAUGUCCGAAUACAAGGAGGUCAGUAAUAGGGUUCUUGAUUAAACAUGGAGAUUCCUUGAUAUUAUGGAGGUCAAAGAAGCAGACAACAAUUUCUAGAAGUUCGGCAGAAUCAGAAUAUAGGAGCAUGGCCUCUACAGUUUCAGAACUAGUGUGGAUUAUUGCUUUGUACAAGGAACUAGGGGAAGAGUUAGAGUUGCCUGUGACUCUUUUUUCUGACAGUAAAGCUGCAUUGUAA